AAAAAAAAAAAAGUGGAUCAAGCGGGCGCUGACUGAAAUUUUGCCCCGUCCUACUUUCUGGCGUUCCAUUACAUUUUCUGCUUCCGAAGGAGGAGGAAGAGAGCGAGGAGGAGGGAGACAGCGCGCCGUCGUUUGUUCAUUGUUUUUUUUUCCAUUACUCUGGUGCUGUCGUGCGGCCUCUCAAGAUCAAAUUUGAGGAGAGUGCUGGGGAAGAGCUUGGCAGUGGAUCUCCAAUCCAAGGAUAUUAUUUGGCAGUGGCAUGCUACUGUGGAAAGACCAGAAGACUUCUGAAUUCGCUUGAAGGCCAAAAUGAGCAGCUCGAGAGAGCAGUCUCCGGAUUGGAUGCGUUCUUUCCAAGCACCAACUAGUGCUGCGCUAUCCUCUAAUUCUGAAUCUUCAACGAAUGGUAGCUUAUCAAUGGAUGAUUCAAUUGAUCAAAAGGGUCCAUCUUCACUUAAAACCACACAAGAUUCAGAUGGAGAUCAGAUUCAAGGGGACAGUGACAACCAUAAUCUGGCAAAGGAAGUGAAACUUGAGGAACGUACAGGGAAUGAAAUCUCAAAGCAGUCAGUUUUGAUGUUAUCAUCGGAUUCUGAGUUAUCGCCUGUUAAUAGUUUUAUAAAGGAGGAUUAUGGUCAUCAUGAAGAAUUAUCUGAACUUACGACAUCUCACUUCCAAGGGAGAGGGAAGGAUGAAAAUGCAGGUGGAAAAUCUAAGUCAAGGAAAAUAUCAGAUAAAAAGUUGUCAAAAAAACAGGUCAAAUCACAAGUUUGCACUUCGCCCGAAGAGAAGAUAGUCAUUUCUGAUACAAAUAAAGAACGACUUACGUUGGAAGGAUCUGAAUGCUAUGUAAGCAAUGGUGGAGAUGUGGAGAUCAUAGAAAAAGAUGCAUUGGAUGACUGCAACGAACGUCCUGUUUCCUCCUCAAGGUUGCCACUGGUGCUGUCUGACAAAGUUCAGAGAUUGAAGGCACUUGUUGAGUGUGAAGGAAAUUCAAUAGAUUUGAGUGGUGAUAUGGGUGCUGUUGGACGAAUUGUAGUUUCUGAUUCCUCAUUUGCAAAAAAUGAACUUUGCCUCGAUUUGAAAGGUACAAUUUAUAGAGCGGCAGUAGUUCCUUCAAGGACAUUUUGCGUUGUUAGCUUCGGUCAGUCGGAGGCGAAGAUAGAAUCUAUCAUGAAUGACUUCAUACAGCUGAAGGCACUCUCCAACGUUGAUGAGGCUGAAACCAUGGUUGAAGGAACAUUGGAUGGCUUCUUAUUUGAUUCUGAAGAUGAGGGCGAGAAAAUAAGUAAAGUUCCAACAGACCAAAACGAGCUUGCCGAAGCGCUUAACAAGAAAUCUAAAAAUAAAGACGAAAAAUCAUCAGGGCGGAAGCGUGUUAAAACAGGAGGAAAGGUGCAGGCACCCAAGAAAGCGAGGAAGAAAGUUCAAGGUUCUAAGACUAAAAGUACAAAGAGCAAGAAAUGAGGUUUGAAUUUUUGUUGUAUGCUUAUGAACCGAGGUGGUCAAAUAGUUGUUUCUUAUUGUACCCAUGAGGCAAAAUGGAUGAGAUUUGUACCUUAGUUCUCGAGAACCCAACCCAUUGAAUUAAUAACUCUCUGUCUC